UCUCCAUUUAGUUGGCAGCAAUUGCUACUAGUGGCCACACCACUUCAAAUACUUGAUAUUUUUGUCUUCUGCAAAUUCAACGGAGUUCCCCAAUAAUUAGCAAAAAUGCUAUCGCGAAGCGCUUUUGGAGUGAUAUUCGGAGCAUGCCUCCUGGUAUUCUGCCUGGAGGCUAUCUCGGCGGCCGAUGGCGAUUACUUGGAGCUGUGCCGCCUGGUCAAGAAUGGCACCAACAUCCGGAAGCCCGGCACCUGCGACGAGUACAUCCAGUGCAUCGACGGCGAGGGCAUACUGAAGUCCUGCGGUGGUAGCACGCCCCAAUAUAACAGCAGCAGCCAGGAGUGCGUCAAGGCGCUCACCAACAGCCACCUGUACUGCGGCAAUCGAUGCGAGGGCCGCAACGGCACCUGGGUGUCCGAUCCGACCCAGUGCGAGCAGUACUUCUACUGCAGCGAGGGCGUGCCGCUGCGAGGCAUCUGCCCCAAUGGCCAGCACUUUGACGAGACGAGCCAGGCGUGCCUGCACAGAGUGGACUCGCAAUGCGUGGACGUGGCCAACAUAUGCGAGAUACUGCCGGACAAGACCAGGUUUCGCUACGAGGACGACUGCAGCUACUACUACGAGUGCAAGGACACCAAGCAGUCGCUGGUUAAGUGCAGCACCAAAUCGAAGCUCUACUUCAAUGUGGAGACCGGCACCUGCCAGGCGCCCAAUCUGGUGGCCUGUACUGCCCACUCCAAGGACGGGGUGUGCGCCGCCAGCAGUAGCCUUGUCUACAAAUCAGAUGGAGCCACUUGUCGUGGAUACUUCACCUGCAAGCCCUUCGGCACCGUCGCCGACCUGGAUCCGCUGUGGGGCCAGUGCCCCGAGGGCCACUUCUUCGAUGAGAAGCGCCAGAUAUGCGCCAAAGCCACCGAUGUGGUGUGCACCAACAACCGAUGUGACGGCAGGGGCACCAUGCUGGUCGCCAGCAGCAGGAACUACUGCCACAACUACAUCGAGUGCGUCGAUGGCGUCGAGGUGGCGGAGAAAAUCUGCCACUUUGAUCACUUCUUCGAUGAGGUAAUUCAGGCGUGCAGCAGCAAGAUAAUCUACGACAACUGCUGUGACGAGCAGGAAUAGAGAGAGAGAGAGAGUAACUCCCGAAAGAUCGCAUCAUAAUUACAGAA